CCCUCUGCUUCAUUCAGUUGCAUUCAGUAAGCAGGUCCUGUCAUCCAUAACAAAGCAACAAAAUAAAAAAAAUAAUGAAGCUGUUUGUGUGUGUAUUACUUUUUGGUGCCGCUUUGGCCAUGCCAAACGCAGAAUGGGAGCUGUUCAAACGAGCUUUUGACAGGGCAUACACAGCUGAGGAAGAAGCAUAUCGCAGAACUGUUUUUGAAGAUAACCAAAAAUUUAUCCAGAAGCACAACGCUGAAUAUGCUCAGGGAAUCCACACACAUACCGUGGGAAUCAACGAGUUUGCUGACUUGACAAACGCAGAAUUUGUUGCUUUUUUCAAUGGUUACUUAAUGGUGAACAAAACCCGUGGAUCCGCAUACCUGGAACCAAGCAAUUACGAAGCUCCAGCUACAGUCGACUGGAGGAAUAAGGGCUUCGUCACACCUGUCAAGAACCAGAAACAAUGUGGAUCCUGCUGGGCUUUCUCUACAACUGGGUCUUUGGAAGGACAACAUUUCAAAAAAUAUAUGAAACUCGUAUCUCUCAGCGAACAGCAGUUAGUUGACUGCUCCCAAGCAUACGGUAACAACGGCUGCGAAGGAGGUCUGAUGGACAACGCUUUUAGAUACAUCAAAGCUAAAGGUGGGAUUGAAUCUGAGGAGGGUUACACAUAUACCGCAAGGGAUGGAAAAUGCAAGUUUGAGGCUAACCUUGUUGUUGCUACCGAUACUGGUUUUACUGAUAUUGAGUCGGGUAGUGAAAAAAAGCUGAAGAGUGCAGUUGCAACUGUUGGUCCAAUUUCAGUUGCAAUGGAUGCCAGCCACCAGUCAUUCCAGCUUUAUAAAAAUGGUGUAUAUUCUGAGCCUCGAUGCAGCAGUACACGUCUAGACCACGGAGUCCUAGCUGUUGGCUAUGGUGAAGACAGUGAAAGCGGUGAAUCCUAUUGGCUCAUCAAGAACAGCUGGGGCACCACUUGGGGAAUGGAAGGCUACUUCAAGAUCACUCGCAAAGGCAACAUGUGCGGAAUUGCCACCCAAGCAAGCUACCCACUGGUUUAGACUGUUUACAUGAUUUACUGCACUACACCGUCGGGAAUCUAAAACAAUAUUUCGGAAUAUUGCAGCUUUAAUAAACUAGAGUUAUUCUUAAAAUCGUAUAGGCCUACUAUAAUGUCUACCUAAGAAAAAAAAUUAUCUACCAGUUGUAGUUUCAUUACCGCCACCUAGCUACAGGAACAUUAUCGAUUAAAACCGAGACGAUGGCGUUCGGGAACCAGGUGUGCAGAUAGUCACGUUUUGUACUCCGACUCAAAACAUGUUUCUAAAAUAUACUUAUUAUUCGCAUUUGGAAUACUGUGUUUAAAGAUUAAUUUUAAAUUAACGAAUACUGCAUUUUAGAUAUAUUUUAAAUAUUUGAAGAUAGCAGCAUUUUGCUUUACGGCAAAUUAUUAAUAAAAAAUAAAUAUGUAAAA